CGUGGCACGUCGGUUUUGAGCUAAACCGGGAACAUGGAGUGUGCCGCGAAGGGAAGUCGACGGCGGUGCUCGGGAUCAGCAAAUCGCCGGUGCGGCGGUUGUGGUGCCGUUUCCUAUUGCUCCGUUGCACAUCAGAUAUCACACUGGGGAGUUCAUAAAGAAGAAUGUGGAAGACUGAAACGACAAAUGUGUGCUGUGGAGCUGCUAAACGACUUCCCCUUUACUUUCUCCCAAGGAGCUACUUAUCAGGUGUGUGAAAAGGUGGAGACUAGGUGUUCAUUCUUGGAAAAUAUGGCGGUCCACUAUGUAGGAUUCUGGAUCUGUGAAUGUACUUGUGGGGCUUCAGUUACUUUGUUGGAUAAUUUCAGGUCUGAUAAGUGUUGGAGUCUCUCAAGUCAAUUAUGCCCUUGUAGAGGGCCUUUGUCUAUAUUAAAGAACCAAUUAUAUAGUUGGAAUGACUAUUAUGAAUGGAGAGGCAUCCCAUUAGAUUCUCCAGUUGCUGUGCUUCUUCACUGGCCAUUGACCAUAUAUCAGGCCAUUCAACUUGCUUCUGAGAAACAAUUGAUCCCUUCAACCACUGAUGAAUUGUGCAUACACUACCUAGGGCCGGAGAGGGAACUUUAUCAACUUGCUGUCUUUGGGGAGUUACAUGCUCUGCUUCCUGGAGUUCAAGUGCAUAUAGAUUUUGUUGGACCUUCUGUUCCACAUGAUAGGGAUGGCGAGACAAUCAGUCUUUGUAGCUAUGCACAUUGUUUGGAUGCAAACUGCAGUUGCAAAUCUGGCAAAGGUGAAUUCAGUUCACACGCAACUUCUGAUAAAUCUUCAGCGAUUAGUAUAAGGCUUCAUUCAGGUUGUUAUCAUGAUCGCUACCGAGAACUCACCAAGGAAUUUCUACCCGAGUUAAUCAUUGCUCCAAAUGCUGGUAUCGCUGCAUACAAAAGCUGGUUUCCGACUAUCGAGCUUAUAAGAGAAAUAGAAAUCCCUGCCAUUUUCUCUGAUUACUGUGAAGAAGCUUGUCAUCUUGCAGCUAAUUGUAUAAGCUCUGUGACCGGUAGUCCACCCACAAUUCCUGUUCAGCUAAACCCAUUUAGGCAGCCUCUAGCUGUUGAAGACAGUGUUCUGGCCCUUCCAUGCUACUCAAAUUGCUUUCUAUUUGGGAUAUAAAUUGAGGCCUUAUUUGAACAGGUGGAUGAAAGUUUUGCCAACAAUCAAUGAUGUAUCUUUUAAAGAAAUCAUAUAUAGUUAGUUAUUCGAUCUAAAUGCUAACCAAUUGUGAGCAUGUGUACAAAUGAUUUAGGGGUUGUUUACUCGGUAAGUGUUUACUGGUAAGAUUCAAACACUAUCACUUAUCAUAUCGUGUAAGAUCUUAGUCCAUAAAAACGGCAUCGUAUGCAACAAU